GUUGACCUAUGAUUGAAUUUGGGAAACCCACAAAGGGGGAAACUCCCUGAAACCCUAAACCCUAAUUCCCUCCUCCAAAAUUUACAGGCGAAAGAUCAAACCAUCUUUUGCUUCCAAACCCAACACAAACCCUAAUUUCUCGAUCCAUGUUUCCUGAACACGGAGAAAAUCUCUAAAAAUCACUAACAUCGAGAAAACCCUACAUUUCUAAAACCGUAGUUUCCUUUUUCAGAGACCUGUAUAACCCUAGAAUGUCUUCACUUUGUCUGAGACGUCGAGCUUUUCUUCAAGCUCACCGCUUUUGCACCUCUGCAACAUUAUCUGAGAACACUGAUACCUUGACUUUCAAUGUUGCGAGAAGAAAGCUGCGAUAUACUAGCGAGCCCAGCAAAGUCAUUGACAUUUUCAACUCAGUUCAAAAGCUCAAUGGAGUUGCAGGGGCUCGAGCUGUUCGUGACCUGGUGGUGAGGAGGCUCGUAAAAUCUCAGCGAUUCUCUGAUAUCGAAACACUACUUGAAAACCAGAAGAAGCAUCCACAUGCAAAGGUAGAGAGGUUCUUAUCUGAUGUGAUUCUUGCAUAUGGUCGAGCUAAAAUGGCAGAUCAGGCCAUUAAGACCUUUUAUCAGAUGGAUGAGCUUGGCUGUCCUCGCACUGUAAGUUCAUUCAAUGUGCUUUUGACUGCCUUAAAGGACUCUGAGAAAUUUGAUAGGGUAACUAAGCUUUUCGAUGAAAUCCCUACUAAAUUUGGCAUAUCACCAGAUCAUUUUAGCUAUUCGAUCUUCCUCAAGUCUCUGUGUGAUUCAGGUUCGCCUGAUAAGGCUUAUGAGAAGCUCAAGGAAAUGAAUGAAAAAGGAAUUACAGUUACUAACAUUUCUUACACUACUUUAAUUGAUGGGUUUUACAAGAAGAAGAAACCAGAAGAAGCUGAGAAAAUUUGGGAUGAAAUGGUGAAGAAUGGGUGUUCUCUUGAUACCCCAGCUUAUAAUGCUAAGCUUAUUUAUAUAGCAAAUCAUGGAAAACCUGAAGAAGCUCUGAAAUUGCUCGGAGAAAUGGAGGCCUCGAAUGUUAAACCCGAUGCAUUAUCAUAUAAUUUCCUCUUGAUGUGUUACUUGAAGAAUGGUGAAAAGGAGGAAGCCAAGAAAGUCUAUGAAGAAAUGGCGAGCAACAGCAAGGGUUGCUACCCUAAUCAGAUGACAUACAGGAUUUUUAUAAGAUAUUUGGUUCAAAAGAAGGAUUAUGAUUUGGCUCUUGAAGUUUGCAAGGAGAGUAUUAGGAGGAGAAAGGCCCCGAAGUUUCAAACUGUGAGCGAUUUGAUUAAGGGGCUUGUGAAGAAUUCAAAGGAGGAAGAGGCGAAGCAGGUGAUCAAGAUGGUUCAUGAUACGUUACCUCCAAAUGUGUUGCACGCUUGGAAGAAAUUUGAGGCCCAACUUGACUUGAACAAGAAGGAAGGAUCAUCAUCUGACGAAUAAAGCCAUAGGCGAAUGACUUCAAUUAAUGGAGGUGAGCACACUUCUUUCUGGAAGAUGAAGGUUUUUUAAUUUGUGGGCUUUAUUGAUGGACCUUUGACAAUCCAAUGCCCAUCAGUUUCAUUUUGAAAUGCUGGUCGGUACUUGGUGUUACUGUUCAAAGAGAUACAAUUCUGAACUCCAAUGGAAUUUUUUAACUUACAUAUUUCAUUUGUUUGCUGCCCAAUUCUGGUUUUGAAAAGAAUAACAUCGCUAUAAAUUCUGGUCGUACUUUAAAUUUUAUCUCGAAUAUAGGGGUGCAAUUUGGCGCAA